AUGACGACUAUUGCAUCCUUAGCACGAUUCACAACACUGCUCAGUUGGCAAGAUAUCACCUGUUUCUCAGCCCUACGCGUGGUGGUAGUAGUGGUGGUGACUCUACCACAUCCUACAGGGGCUAAUAACACGACAACUUGGCAACCGAACAGACACCUGUUAUGUGGAGACAACGACCUUAUCUAUACCACGACAACCGGACGACCGAACGGGACCUGGGUUAAUCUGUUCCCAGCUCUAGCUCUACCAAAUUUUGCCGAAGAAAGCUCGUGUCCAGUUGGAAGGCGCCGCAAAUGCUUCCUGGAAAGGAGUUCUUCUGGAGAGCUAUGGGUGAGCUGUAGGCAAGACUACUUAUCGCUUUUGAAACUUCACGCAAUCGUCGAUCCUCCUGGGCUUUGCUCUGCUUGUUACGAGAACGGAAGUGAAGAUGGAAGUGUUGUUGGGGUUGUUGGAUAUCUCGCACGAGCGCAGUCCUCGCAUUCUUCCAUGCCUCUCAUUAGAGAAUUUGAGAAGACAAUCAAUUCUCAUCGUUCCAUUUCCGAAGACAUUUCCUCGCAUGGCGGGUUAGUCGUGAUGAUGUUUCGGGUGGAGUUGAUAAAGCAUGAGCUUGAUGAGAAGAAAAAAAACUUGUCGCUCGGUAUCAUCAUCAUGCCCAGAAGCUUUCCAAUGAUCGCUGAGCACUGCCUUGGUCGGCGGCAUGUUGUCGUACAAGCGAACGAACAUCCUUCGGAAACCCACUUUCAAGACUUCCUAUCGAAUAGCUUUCCUGUUCCAAAGGCUCUUGUAAAGACCAACGCUUCGCAACAGCUGACGAAGAUUCCCCUUCAUCAAAGGGAUUUCAGAGCCAACCCAUUUCCAAACCCGAUUGGCUUCCGUUACCUGAAACACACGUGGACAGAGAUGCGUAGACGCGAACGCAAGAAGUGCCAGAGUCGCCGCGCGUCUUGUCUUGGGUCUUGUGAGAAGCCAAUGCCGAAGAGGACUUGCGAGCAUGAGAAAUGCGACGACAGGUUUUCAUCACAUCCGUAUGGGCCACCCUCGCGUCUAUCCUAUGUUCUGAGCGGAAUCCUCCGCGUGCUCGAUGAUCUCUGGCAAGGUGACGAGAUCGAAGAUGGCAUUUCUGAUCUCCGGCGGCAGCUUCCACAGUGGACUCUGCUCCUGCAGAUGGCACUGGUUCAAGGUGUCAUGAAGAUCAUUCUCAGGCUUGACAGUGUCGUACCAGUCGGUCGGCAGCAUCGGGUUCAGUUCGUCUGCAGGACUGUGUGUCACGCCCUCUGGUUGCCUGGCGGCAAUGCUCUCGCGAUGGCCAUUGAAUGCUUGUGCAGCUUCUCCAGCAUCUUGUCCCGGGUAGAUGAUAUCUACAGCCAGCCUGGGCAGCGUUGCAAGGAACUAAACGGCGUGAUGGCAGCAAUUGUUCAACAAAAGAAGAGGCGAGCUGAAGAUCGAAGGACUAAUGUCCGACCACGACCACGAGCACCCAUGGUAGAAUCUGUAUUGUUCACACUCGCACCUCUUCUUGAGGGCGGGAAGCUAAUUCUACAGAACGAGUUGAGCUGGACUCUUUCUCAUGUUAGAACUCCCUGGGUGCUCACCGGCACCCCUUUCCAAAUCUCCAUAGCAAUUUCCAUAUUGAACUCCAAUCCCUCUGCAGAGCUGCGCCGUGUGUGAAGUGAAACAUCUUGGACAAAGUAGGGCCAGGUUGAAAUACAAGUCGAGGUCAAUCUACAAGUGGAGGUCGUCCAUACGCCAUCCAGACCACUCAAGAUCUACGUCCUUUAUAUCAUCGUCAAGGACAUCAUCAAGGAAGCUCCUCUCGGGGCUACGCUUCUUGGGUCCGAUCGACCGACGCACAGGCGUGGGCAUAGCCAUGGGCAUCGACAUCGGCAGUGUCGUCGUAUUCAUAUUUGGUUGGUGUUUGUGCUCGCGCCAGUUGUUAUCAUCUUGCCAAACCUUGCUGCUGUUGAAGGAGGAGGAGCGAAGUCGCUGUGGGCUACCUUGACGCCAGCUUGGGGCACGCUCACGCUGCUUUUGCUGGGUCUUGGGUGUCGGCUUCGCCUUCUUGCUGCUGCUGAAGGGCGUGAAGCUUGCGAAAGCCUCAGAGUACUUGGUCUUUGCCGGCGUGACAGCAGCAGUCGCAACGGAUGCUGACUCUUGCUGCUUGGCACGACGGAAGCUUCCCAAGGCAGCCCACUUGUCGAGGAUCGACGAUGACUUGGUCUUGACCAAUACAGGCUUCUCCUCUGGCUUGACAUCGCUGAGGUUGACUGACUCCCGCAAGGGUGUCGCAGCGCCGACAUUAGCAUCAAUGGUUGCGAAAGCUUGACGAGGGGUCACACUUCCACGACCAUCUUCGGUCACAGUUGGAAGCUGAGGCGUGCAUGGCUUGGCAAUAGUAACGCGGUCAAUGUCCAUGCUUGCUCCGAUGCCAGCAUCUUCGAGUGGAUGCUCUUCGAUCUGCAUUUCCUCUUCCUCAUCCCACAAGUCACUCCAGCUCUUAGAGAAGCCGUUGGCAACAUAUGGAGACGACUUGGUGGAGGGACGAGAGAAGCUGAUUGGCAAGGAUCCCACGAAGCCAGACAUGCGCUUAGCAGAGUCGAUUGAUUGCAUCGACUUGGAAGACUUGGUGGAUUUGUAAGACAUGCCGAGCCCAGAAUCGAGGUUGGAAGACAGUGAGGCCUCGUCAGUAUCGACAUACUGCCAUUCUGAGUUGUUGGCGGAUUCUGGGAACAGGUCGAAGUCCUCGUCACGGAUGGUUGACAGCUGUCGUGACUGCUUCUGAGGCGUCUUAAGCAGAGCAGUGGCCCAUGGGAAGGAGUCGCCAGAUGAUAGGUUGGGACUGGUGAGCGACGGCGUACGGAGAGGCUCACGAGCAGCAGUAGCAACGGGUACAAGCUCAGUCUCGUUGGUGCAGAAAUCAUCGUCCAGGACCUCGUCGUCUGUCGUAAAGCUGACUACAUUCUCAAGAGCCUCGCGGACGGCCGAAAGUGACCUGUUGGCAGGAUCUAGAGCCAGAGAAUGUUGCAAGAUGUUGUAGGUGUCCUGGCUCAUGUUUGGAAAGACGUCGAACAUGCUUUGGCGAUCGCGAGCAAAGUCGUUGAACAGUGGGUCCUUUGGUGUGGGAACAGCAAAAGGGUUGCGCUGGAAGAUGACAUUUAGCAAGACAAUACCGAUUGCCCAAAUAUCAGCUGCUGCCGGAGAAUAUCCAUAGCCGUAAACGCCAGCAUCGUACUGCUCUGGUGCCAUGUAGCGGUCGGAGCCCACGGCAAAUUCAGUAGACCAGGUCUCAGUAGUUGCCAAUCCAAAAUCUCCAAGCUUCAUGGUUGCAUCAGAUGUCAGGAAGAUGUUCUCGGGCUUGAUGUCACGGUGGUAGACACCGUUGGCAUGCAAGUGCUCGACAGCACUGACAAGCUGCAGCAUGAAGUCACGGACGUGACCAGUCUCCAAAGGUCCCUUGCCAAGUCGAAUGGCUUCGUACAAAUCGCCAUUGCUGCAGAGUUCCAGAACCAUAUAUUGGUGGUUGUUGGUCUCGAAGCUGGUGAUCAUGUUCACAAUGUGGGGAUGACGUGGCAGCUUGGAAUGGAUUGCGAGCUCCUCUGAACGUUCGUCGGUCGAGAUAGCAGCUGGACACACGGAGGGAGCUCCAGGCUUGGUGAUGCAUUUAAUGGCGACAUCAUUCCCAGUGGUGGUAUCCCUGGCGGCCAGUACCAUACCGAAUGAUCCAUGGUUGAGUGGUGAGACGGUUAUAAACCGUCCGUUAUCGAGAAGGCGUCCUUGUUCAAAGCCAUCUCGCAUACAAGCCAUAGAGUGAAGUCGGAGCAGAUGUGUCGAAUGUUCGUAAACACACACGUACGCCAACGUCUAGCAACGCCAACAAGUCGUAAACUUUUCCCGAUAGGAGGGCACUCUCUUCAACUCCGGUUCCAAUCCAAGAUAACAAUACAGGAAAGCCGCUCAAACGCUCGCUUGCUCGGAAAUCAAUUCGUCGGGUGCAAAUGUGCUAUUCAAAGGAACGUAAGGAUCGUCGUGUUUAUCAUUUGUACGUAUUUGCAGAUGUCGGAAGUGCAAUAAGUCGCCGCACGGCGGGCGAGGGGGGGCGUCCGUCAAGGAGCAGUAGUUGGCGGUCGGUAAAUAAGUCGUUACGGGUCGUGAACAAAGAGACGGGCGUGGCAGUCGGGGUUGGGUGGUGGUAACCAAGUGUGUGGUGAAUAUGUGACAGAAGAAAGGUAGAGGUGGGAGGUGAGGCCGUGUCGAGUCAGGCGGAAGAGAUGAGUCGUUGGGAGGGAGCUUGAGCGUGGAGCCAAUGUGUUGCCUGAGGUUGGUGUGCUGCUAUGCCUGGUCGAGCAUCAAAGGGGCAUGCAGCAUCCAAAUGGCCCGGUCGGUAUGUGUACUGCAGUCGGGGGCUCAGUCUCAGUCUCAGAUGCAAGUGGGGUCUGGGUUAGGGUGAUGAUGAUGAUGUUCGAGGGGUUCACUCCGGCAGUCGUCGUUAUAGCACAGAGCAGUGCAGUGCAGCAGGCGAACAGCGGUCCAGAUGAGCUGCAGGCUGUACAGUCGUGGUGGCAGAAAGAUGAUGGCUUGCCGCGUGGAACUGGAGAGUGAUGACGAAGCGCUUCACGGAUCCCGGAUUUGGGCUUGGGCUUGAGCUUGGGCGGUACGCUGCUGGCUGUUCACGGAUUCCCGGUCGAGCGUGUAUCACAUCUGUGGGUAGAAUUGGAUGUUGUUGGAAUUAGAGUCGUAGGGUGUGGAGAGGUAAUCGGCGGCCCAGACGGCAGGCAGAGCUCUUGCUCUUCAGGGUCGCAACCACAGCCGUCGUCGUUGCCCGGAGCUACCUGGAAUGUGUCGCGAUCAGGCAGUCACGCCACGUUCGCAGGUGUGAAGAUUGAAGGAGCGAUCGUGAGGCCGAGCGAAGUCAAGGACCGUGGGUCAGCACUGUCAAUGGCAGGCGG